GGACAAGUGAGAGGAGCCAGUUCCUUGUCAGCUCUCCUGACCUACAUAACUGGCUUUCCUGUCACUCACCUACCAUUCGUUCACUUGACAGCAGCAUCUCUGCUUUGGUGUGCUGGUGUAUUGUAUUCAGUCAGUGAGAAGCAUGUUAUAAAGAAACUGAAAACUUAUGGAUUUGCUACUAGUUCUCAAGUAUUCACAGUCACCAUCAUGUUGAAGAAAACAUACAAUCGCCAAAUGGGAGGUUUUGCUUUGACCUCAAUGGCCUGUCUACUUUGCUGCAUCUCUAUGAGGCUUCCUCAGUGGCGAGUGUGGUACUAUGAAGACCCUAUAAUUUUCAAGCCUACAAUGGCUUUUGUGGGCAUAUGGAAAGCCUGUGUUUUCUUCAAUGGCAACAACUCCAGCAACAUGAAAAUAUGUCACCAAUACAACUACCGUGACUCCUUCAUUCCAUUGUAUAUGCAAAUAAACCAGCACCUGCUGCUGGUGGCUAUCUCUUUCGUGCUUUUUGGGAAAAUCACCACCAUUAUUACUCUUGGUAGUCUGUGCAUGGGAAGAUUGUGGAGGAAUGUCUCAGGCAAACUAUUCAGACUUUCAGGAAUUCUGAAGAUCAUUGCUAGCAUCUUUAUUUUUUUUGCUGUUUUGCUCAAUUACAUAUCCAUCAUAUGUAAAUGGGGGAUUGCCUUUCCACCGUCUUUUAAUAUGCCUUCUGACCCAGACACUCAGAAGAUUGGUAGUGCCAUGGUUCUUGCAACUAUAGCUGCAGUUUCUUUCCUAAUAAGUGGCAAAAUUUGCAUUUCUUCAAAUUAAGCCAUAGUCAAGACACCCUGUUCUAAAAUUUGAAAGUAAAUUUUUAUCUUACACGACCUUGAAAAUUCAGCAAAGAUAGAAAACAUUUGCUGUUGUGUCUACAUAAAUUUUGAAAGAGCCCAAAGUGACACCAAAUGUGGCCUGUGCCAAAAGUGGUCAAGUUGACCUCCUGUUUUUUGUCUUGUU